AUGGAAAAUUCCUCUUGGGAGUUCAUGUUUUUGCUUCAAGGAUUAAAUGACACAUGGACAAACAGAUAUAUUUAUUUUGCAUUUGGUCUAAUUAUCUAUAUUAUGACUUUUUUCCUAAAUUUGACACUAGCUAUUACAAUCAUACUUGACAAAACACUUCAUGAACCUAUGUAUAUAUUUAUAUGCAAUUUGUUUGUUAAUGGGAUACUUGGGGCUUCUGCUUUUUAUCCAAAAAUCCUUGCUGACCUAUUAUCAAAAUAUCAUGUUAUCUCCUAUAUAGGGUGCCUCUCACAACUUAGCAUAAUUUAUUGUUAUAUUUUCUGUGAAUACACAUGUUUAACAGUCAUGUCAUAUGACAGAUACAUAUCCAUUUGUAAGCCUUUGGAGUAUCAUUCUAUUAUGACACCUCAGAAAGGUUUAAAAUUGUUGAUUAUUACUUGGUUCUGUUCCAUACUAGCAACCGUUUUUGGGCUUGUGAUCACUGCCCGACUUCCGUUAUGUAGUAAUGUCAUUGACAAGCUUUACUGUUCUAACUGGGAAGUUGUUAAGCUGUCUUGCACAGAUGUGACAGUGAACAAUGUGUAUGGGUAUUUUCUAAUAGUUUCUCAUGCAGCUCAAGCUGUAUUCAUCAUUGUGUCAUAUAUUAGCAUUAUCAGAGCUUCUUUAAGAUCCAAGACACAGUGGGCAAAAUUCAUGCAGACAUGCCUUCCUCAUUUAAUAGCACUCACAAACUUCACUAUUUCCCUGCUCUUUGAUGUCAUGUAUGCACGUUAUGGCAAAAUCCAGGGACUGCAAGCGCUACGCAACAUCUUGGGAAUUGAAUAUCUUGUUGUGCCUCCUCUCCUAAACCCAAUAAUAUAUGGAUUUAAACUAACACAGAUAAGACAAGGGUUUGUUAAAAUAUACCGGCAGAGACGUAAAGCUUUACAGCAUAGCUAA